CGUAUUUGUUUAUUUACACAUUUGUUUCUUUUUAUUAUAUAAAUAUAAGCAAGCGGUUUUUGUUUCAAAAUGCGGGAUGUGUGCAAAGGGGCUGUGGUAGCAGCUGCAGUGGCUGUGAUUGAAAAGAACAAGGAGGUGACGACGCGACUUCUGGUUAACAAAGUGGACGCGCUUCCUAUUACCAAUGUCCUGGAGGAUCAGGGCUCAGAGGAUUCCAGCACAAAGUGCCAAGAGUGGAUCGAGAAUAAUUCUGGCGCUUUUCUCGCUUCAAAUGAAGAUGCCUUUAUCAGCGGGCAAUUCGUUAACGUCGGUCGAAGCUACGAGAGCUCCAAGCCGAAGAUCGUGGGGAAGAUUGCAAAGGCUAUAGGAGGGUGCGAAUUUGAUGAAGCUGUGAAAGACUUCGAUCUCACCGCGGAGGACGUCCGCAAGUUCGUGGCGGAGUCGAUGAAGCAUUGCGAAAGUAAAGAUGUUCGAGAGACUUCCGUUACUCCGUCCACCGAUUAUGUGGCCUCGGAUGAUUUUGAGUCAUCCUCCAGCGAUGGCGCCAGCAGCAGUAGCAGCGAGGGUUGCGCCAAUUUAGCUGGACUUGCUACCAUCGCUGAAGAAGUUACUGCUAGCAGUGUUCAGUCUUCCGAAGAUGGAAGUAGCAGUGAUGCGAGCAUUACAGAAGACGAUGGCACGGUGAAAGACGACGAUGCCUGGUGCAACGGUUCACAAUCCUCCUCAACUUCAACCUCUUCCGCACGUGGAAAAGGUUGCUUAAGUCUGGAGAACCACAUGCAGACAGUGGAUAGCUCGAUGCGAUGCAACGGUGAUUUCCAGUGGAUAAGCAAGGACAAGAAAAUGGAAGAGGUGCAGAGUAAGCCGCCAAUUAAUAGACGUGAGAGGACGCCACGGAGGUCGGCGGAGAAUACACCACCAGGUGGUAGUUUGGAUAGGCGCAGGCAUGCUCAACAGUCACGGCAGGAGCGCGAUCAAAAGUCAAGAUCCUCUCACGUGCUGAAAUCGCCUUCUCCGCAACACCAACCUCCACCACGUCUGGAUGACUACGUCCAGCCGCAACCGCAAUACCCGUGCCAGAAUUGGUGCUGCAAUCCGCACGGAGCCGAGCUCUACUUCGAGAACUUUCACCGUCGCCACGAGAGAACUGAUCCCCAGCGCUAUGGCAGCAGUCCGAUGUUGAUGGACCGUUUUGUCGAUGGCAAUAGGGGCAGUCACCCCGAUCUCUACCGGCCUGGCGAGAUGCCGUGUUACGCAUAUCACGUGCCGCCUCAUCAUCCUCCGCCGUUCUAUUACUACGGCGACUCCAGGGGUUACCACUGGACCCCCAAUAAGCCUCCGGACCAGGAUGAGCGUAUGCGCAAAUUGCAGGGGGAGCGCGAUAAUUUGCAGCUGCAGGUGCAGGUACUCAGCGAGCAGAUCGAGGCUCAGGGGGAUAAGAUCACCGACCUGGAGAAAUGCCUCGCCGAGAAGAAGCAACAGCUUAUCAACUCCGAAGAUCUGCUGCAGAGGGAAAUGCUGUCCAGAUCUUCCCUGGAAACUCAGAAAUUGGAAUUGCUAUCCACGGUCAGCGAGUUGAAGCUGCAGCAAGCCACGCUCGAGAGGGAAAACAUGGAAUUACGAAGUGCACAAAUGAACAACAACGCGGACAACAAGAAACCACCUUACAUAAGCAGGAUAUCACCGCAGCCCACGCACACUUCAACUCCUGUUCAUAACAGCAAUUCCGUUUUAAGAAAGUCACCAUCUCCGAGCCCCAUUUCUGGAUCUCUAGCUGCAUCCCCCAGGAGGGUGGAAUCAGUCUCAUCCCUAAAUCAAGAUUCUCCGAAGACUCCUCCAACUGGGUAUAGACGGCAAAUAGAGUUGCACUAUGCGAGUUUACCUCGUCAACAGUUUCUUGGUAAUGGAACGGCGCUUUCGGUGGUGGACGCAAAUGCGAACCCCGCCAAUGGGGUUAGGAAAGGCGUUGCAUUUGGUAUGGGGCUUCAAUCACUACUUGGGGGUCGGGCGAGGGGUCACUCUGUGCCCAAUUUAGCGGAGACCGAGAAGAUCGUGAUCGACGAGAACAGCGAGCUUCCGCAAUCACCGAGUCUGCAGAUGAACAAAAGUAAAGGGAUUAAAAAGAUUUUGGGGAAAAUUAAGCGCUCCGGAUCCGGCAAUUUGGAGGAUUUCAGUUGCGGCGAAUUCCAGCGCGGAGGAAUCCGAGCCACAGCUUCAGCUAGAUUAGGAUGGAGUGAGCCAAACGUUACGCCAAAGCCCGACAAGCCGUUCUCUGAAUGGGACACGGAGAACAUAUGCGACUGGCUGCAGGAUUUGGGCUUGGAUCAGUACGUGACUGAAGCGAAGCGAUGGGUUAAAACCGGACAGCAGCUGCAGGAGAGCGGGAUUAAUGAGAUAGAGAAAGAGUUGGGUAUUAAGAAUCCGUUGCACAAGAAGAAACUACAACUGGCAUUGAUUGACACGGAGGCGAAUAGCUCGAACGAUCCGUACCUUUCGAAGGCCGGGCAGCUGGACACCGCUUGGGUGCUGCGUUGGUUGGACGAUACGGGUUUGCCUCAGCAUAAAGAGACUUUCCUGAUGAAUCGGGUUGAUGGAAGGGUGCUACAUAGAUUGACGAUGGAUGAUUUGGCAUUGCUCCACGUCUCCUCGCUUCUUCACGUGGCUAGCAUCAAGAGGGGCAUCCAGGUAUUACGAGAACACAGUUAUGAACCUAGUUGCCUCCAGCGACGGUCUUUACCAGACGACCCCGAUAAUCCCACACCGAAACAAGUGUCCCUUUGGACUACCCACAGAGUGAUGGAAUGGCUGAAGGCAGUCGAUUUGGCCGAAUACGCUCCGUAUUUGCGUGGCGCCGGGGUGCACGGUGGUCUAAUGGUGCUGGAAAACAAAUUUAACGCAGAAUUAUUAGCAUCGUUGCUCUCCAUUCCACCUGAUAAAACGUUGCUCAGGAGGCAUUUAAGUACACGUUUUAAAGAGCUCCUGGGCAAGGAAAUAAUUCAAGCUAAAAGGGAAGCCGAGUCUACCUUUGGGUAUAUCCCACUAACUCCAGCAUCAAAGCUCAAAAUCGCCAAAAAAUCGCAUUUCUCGCUGAAGAGAAACAAAAGCAAAUCCGAGGCGGAUUACGGCGACCUCGUCUGUCCGCUCAACCAAAAUUCAGGUGAAAAUUAUCAGAGUGGUUCUUCAAUUAACAGCGUGGGUAUGACGAGGAGGAGCGCAAAGGACGAGGAUGUCUGUCCUCUCGCUGAAGAAGAAUCUGUGAACAGCAGUUCGUCCUCUAAUUCGCCCCUUCCUCUAAGGAACGACACACAUCAAAAUGACGAAGGGCACAACUUGAACUAAAUCAUAUCUAUUAUUUAUUUGCAUUUAGCGUUUCAUAUCGCCAAUCCAACAUCUGCUAUAACCGAAUCCUGAGCAAAACAAAAAAUUCAUUUGCAAAUAUCUAUCCGAACAAAUUCAACAGUACGAGAUUUCGAAAAAAAAAAUCGUAAGCAUUUGAUUUGCUUAGAGAUUCUAUUGUAUAAUAAUCACAUACAUUAUUAUUAUUAUCAUUAUGAAUAAGAUCUAAAAACAAAGUAAGUUAACAUGUAGGGAGUUUAGAUAUUAACAAAUGUUACAUAGUUUAAAUGAGAUUCGAGUCUUCCCCAGAUCCUAAAAUAUAAUAAGAAUAUUGCCUUAAAAUUAUCAAUAAAUUCAUAUGGAUAAGAGUAUAGUUUCCCCCUAUGUAAUGUCAUUAGAGAGAAGAACAACGUUAAAAAUUCCUAUUAGAAUAAAUUAAUCAAAUUUAAAACACACAAAAAAAAAACAAUACAAAACAAGAAAACAAAUAUGUUCAUCAUUUAGUAUCUAUUCAAAUUAGAUAGUGGUGUAUUCUACUUGCCAACUUUACGUUUAUCUAUUUCUAUACUGUUUCGAUUGAUGAGAGGAUGAUAAACGAGUCAAAUGAAAGUAUGCUGUGCCAAUUUGUGGCGAUCUAUGAAAACUCAACGUUUGAUAAAAAAAAAGUACAGUAUUUAAAAUAUAUUGUUACCAUAAUUGUAUGAAAAAAUAAAUAUAUCCACGUUGAUCCAAUAUUUAAACUAUAUUUAAGGUGUGAUUUGCUGUGUGAUGAUGAUGAUCAUGAUUAGGUAUGGAACAACUGGUUCUGUUUUAUUUUAUACCAUAUACAUUUUCAUUUAUUUUAUUUUCAUUUUAAUUAUUAAUGAAUACGCGUUAAGAAGACAUUGACAACUGACCAAAUUGUAAUAAUUUAAGAGCGUUACAAUUUAGAUUUACGAUAGACCUACGUACGACUUCAUUUUUUUUCAUUCGUUUAACAAUCCUGUCUAUUGUGUGUAUGUGAAGAUAUUGUUUCUAUGUAAUUAUAUUUUGCUAAAGCUGUUGUUUAUUUAUUG